AUGGACUCACAGGACAAGCAGUCCGUCCCCAAAUUCUCCAGCUUCAAAGCUCCCUCAGCUUCCUCGGCUCCACCAGCUCGUUCAGAGCCUCGACACAAAGACGAUCGAAAGUCACGACGCCCUGGUCGUCGACACAGUGAAGAACGAUCCCGCUCGCCACGCCGUUCCAACCGCCAAGAACGACGGAGAUCUCCCGGUAGGCAUCACCGUUCACGAUCACCCCGCCCUGCUACUUCGCGUAGCCGUCGCAAGUCUCCAGAGCGCAGAGGACAUGAUAAUGGAGUCGCCAAAGAUGUGAAUACGGACCGGGUAUUUCCAGAUGGAGACGGUUCAGUUGCAGAUCUCUUCAUAAUCGAUCUGAAGGGCGACCGACACAAUUUGACUUUCGGGGCAACACAUCGCUAUGCUGUGCCAAAAUACCGACGAAGUGGCCGUGGCCAAGUUCUGGGAGCCGAUUCGAGAUACCGGAUUGAUCGAGAUCAUUUGGACAGUGAUACCUUGGUUUUGUGUAUCAGAGACUCCCUGCCUUCCAAUUCAUCUAAAUCUGUCAGGCCGUUGGCAAAACGAAUGCGCCAGCCAGAGAAGCUUCUCCGCGUCAAAAAUGAUGACGAAGUGCACUCCUCUGUGGAUCUGGAACAAGAUUUCAUAUCAUUCGAUUCGACGAUCCUAGAAGGUUCAGACGGCGCAUCGGAUGACGGCGACUUGAGUAACGAGCGCAACGCUUAUCGCUCUAUCCAUGGCAAAGCAAAAGAGGAGGACUUUAUUCCACAACACAUGGAAUUGGUUGAUGAUGAACUCAUUCAAGAUGACAGUACCUCAGCCGAACGCAGAGCCCGUCAUGCAGAACUAUCGCGUGCCGUAAACGAAAAUCCUACAGAUGUUGUCGCAUGGCUGAGGCUAAUCGAUCAUCAAGAUCUUUUGAUUCUCGGUCCAGAUGAAGACUCGCGCCCAUUAACAUACAAUGAACAACAAAGUGUGGCAGGCGUCAAGUUGUCAAUCUAUGAAAAGGCAAUUAAGCAGUCUGCAAACAGCGCAAAUAAAGAUCGACUUUUGCUAGGAAAGCUCCAAGAAGGCGCACAUUUAUGGGAUACCAAAAAGCUACUUGCUCAAUGGAACAAGACUUUGCAAGAAAACUCUGGAUGCAUCAGUCUGUGGGUGAAUUAUCUUAAUUUCCGUCAGACGGACUUCCAAAACUUUGAUUUCGAGCAGCUUAUGACAACGUUCUCUGAGUGUCUGGAGCUUAACGCAUCCGCUGCCAACCCAGCCAAGAACCAAGUACAAUGCUACUUGUUUCUUCGCAUGACACUUUUCCUGCGUGAAGCGGGGUAUUUGGAACUAGCUGCCGGUCUCUGGCAAGCGGUACUCGAGUUCACAUGCUUCAAACCAUGUCAACGAAUUCAACAGGUAGAGGAUAUUGAUACUCUCGCUUCUUUCCGCGGCUAUUGGGAGGACGAAGUUCCACGUAUUGGCGAGAAUGGAUCAUUAACAUGGCGAGGCUGGGUUGAGAAUCCAUCAAAUCAUUCCCACAACUAUGCCAUUCGCGAAUACCAACAGCAUAUUGAAGUUUCAUCUCUGAUGGACUCUUGGGAAAAGGUCGAGAAAGAACGUACCCUAUCAUCACGACUGCCAUCUCGAACACUCGACCAGCUGAAAUCCAGCCAUGCUAUUGAUGAGCAGGAGCAAUAUGUUGACGAUCCUUACACGGUCGUACUCUUCUCUGACCUCGACCGCGUGUUGCAAUUAUUCCACGACUUUGGUUCGCCAGAUGAGCUUUUCCAGAGCUUCUUAUACUUUUGUCACUUACCACAUUUGACAAGACCUAGCAAUAUACAAACUACUCGUUUGUGGAGUGCGGAUAACUUCCUCAAAAAUGACUUAAUAGAUCACAUGGAACCAGGUCUGUCGUGCUGGUUAAUGGACCAAACGGAGGCUGGAACCUCGACUUCGCCUCUCCGAUUCCCUGUGUCAAAUUUCGUGCACACCACAUGCACUUUGUUCCCGGGGCCUAAUGCCUGGUUUGACUCGUUCCGAUCAUGGCGCCAAGAUGCCCAGUCCUCCGAAUCUUCAAUUAUUGAUCGAGAAUGGGCUCAGAUCGUACUACGAGUAUUGGUGGAACGUGGCCCUACUCGUGAGGAAUUCGAUGAUGAAUUAGCCGAGUACACACUCGGGCUUAUGUUCGCAUGGGAUCAAAAGAAAGCAAAGAAAUAUGCUAAGACCUUGCUCAAGAAGUGGACAUCCAGUCUUAGAAUCUGCAAUGCUCUUGCCUUGAUGGAAUGGAGAAAUGAUUUGCCAGAAGCUGCUGUGCAGAUUUGGUCAAGUUCUAUUCUGUGGAGCCAAAAGUUUUCAGAUGAUUUGAAGAUUGACACGGGAAUCCUUUGGAACUCUUGGGCUUGGGAGCUUCUUCAGCGGGGCGAUAACUCUCGGGCUUCUUAUGUAUUGCAUGCUAUUCCUGUGCAGAGCAUAGAUAAGGAUGCAUACAAUAGUAUUCAAUCGACUGGCGUGGCCUCUCACCCAACAUCGACCCUUCAAGUUAAAUCGUACCUGCGCGACUGCCAGACACGUGCUCUGGGAUAUAGGCGAUUCCAUGCCUUUGUCGCUUAUACCGAUUGCCUUGCUUUAUUGCUCUUCACCGAAAAAUACCAUAUCCAGGCCACCCUUGAAGUCUACUCAUCUGCGCUUGAGAAAUCAAAUGACCUCCCAGUCGAGGACCAAAAUUUGAGGCCCUAUAUCAUCGAGCUCCUGCACCAGGCUAGAGCUAGACUGCUCUUUUUCCAUUGCAGUACGAAGUCUUCACGGUUGACGGCACUUGAAAUUCGAGCUACUCUCCAGGAUAGCGUAUCUUCGUUCCCCCACAACACCAUAUUCCUAUCACUCUUUACCUGGAAUGAGUCGCGCUUCAACAUCCUCGAUCGCAUUCGAAAUGUCAACAUGCUCAUCAAAAAUCCCGAAAGUCGGUAUACGCUCGAUAGGGAUUCCGCCUUGUCAGUCGCAGCUGUGCAAACCAUUCCCAUCACCACUCAUUUACUCUCAAUCUGGUCUGAAUUAUGUCGUCCUACUUGGGCCGGAUCCACUCAUCAUUCAACGCGAGCUGCAUUUGAAAGGGCUCUUGGCGAAAAUGUGAAUCGAGACUCGAUGAAAUACGGCGAUAAACAAAUGCGCAAUAGUAUCAGUACAGAGAGUGCACAAACAAACCUCAUGACCUGGAAGCUCUAUAUCAUCUUCGAAGUCUACCAUGCACGGGAUAUUGACGCUGCAAAAUCCGUGUUCUACCGCGCCAUUCGAGCUUGCCCUUGGUCGAAGCAGCUAUUCAUGCUUGCCUUCCAAUACCUACGGGAUGACAAGGUUCGUCGCAUUAUUCCGGAGAACUCCAAAUCCACUGGCUUUCUUUUUGAUGAUCUUCGUCAACUGUAUCAUGCAAUGACUGAAAAGCAAUUACGUAUCCAUGUGGACAUCGAGGAUGGAAUUCAAGCGCUCCUUGCAGAGAGGCGAGACAGCUUCGAAGAAGAUCAUCAGACUUGA